UGCUAUUCAUCAUGCUCAAAAACAGCUGACGCUACCGUGAAACUAAACAUCUACCAGUAACCUCGCAUUCGUUUCGCUCAAGUAGCAUCCGAUGCCUAUCACCAUUCUGGAUAUGACUCCAGUGCGCAUACUCAGGCCCCAAGUAAACACACCCCACCUCUCUCGCUAUGAAGCGUCGAUCUUGUUCGCCCACACUGAAGCUAGAUUCUAUCUUAUCAAGCAGAGAAUCGUGGGAUGGUAUAUCAUCAGCUAGCACUCGCUAUCCAGUACUACUACCAGUACCAGAAUGGCCGGCAAAAUAUCCAUCUUCGUGACCGGCGUGACUGGCUAUAUUGGAGGCACCUUGCUAGUUCGCCUCUUGAACCAUCCUGAUGCUGACACCUUUGACAUCACCGCUCUUGUGCGCAACCCCGAGAAAGCUCAUUUACUCGAGUCCAAGUUCGGCGUGAAGACACUCAUUGCGUCUCAUGCGGAACACGAUAGGAUCGAAGAGGCUGUAGCAGCAAAUCACAUCAUCCUUCAGAUCUCUGACUCCGAUGACGAGCCUCUGACCAAAGCAAUAUUGAGAGGUCUCAAGAGAAGACACGACAAAAUCGGCGAUCUACCUAUACUCAUUCACACCUCAGGAACGGGACUUCUUAUCGACGAUGCGCGCGGCGAAUACCCCACAGAAACCAUCUACAGCGACCUCAACGUUGAGCAGCUCAAGUCCAUUCCUCCAACAGCGUACCACCGCAACGUCGAUCUGCUCGUCGUUGGUGCUGACGAGGAAGGAUACGCACGAACACACAUCGUUAUCCCCUCGACCGUGUAUGGCAUCGCAACGCACCCACUUGUCAAAGCGGGCAUAUCCAACCCGCACUCCAUACAGAUCCCUUCCCUCAUACGCUUCUCUCUCGCGCGCAAGCGCGCGGGCGUCAUCGGCAAGGGCCUGUCCUUGUGGCCAAAUGUGCACAUCGACGACACCGCGGACAUAUACAUUGUCCUCCUCGAUAGCAUCCUCCACCACCCCGACACGACCGGACACGGCUGGGAAGGUCUCUACUUUGGUGAGUCCGGCGAGCACCGCUGGCUCGACAUCAGCCUCGCGAUCGGGCGCGCUAUGUACGAGCUCGGGCUCGCGGACAGCCCCGAGCCGACGCCCUUCUCGCACGACGAGAUCCUCAAGUACUUUGGGAGCGAAUGGCGUGGGUACCUCUUUGGGACGAAUUCGCGGGCUCGGGCGGAUCGGACAAGAGCCCUCGGAUGGAAGCCGAAGCACUCGACGGAGGACUUGCUGGCGAGCAUCAAGCCAGAGGUCGAGGUGUAUGCCAAGAAGCAGUAGAAACCUCCGGAGGAUGGAACGUUGUCUGCAUAACUUCUGUUAUCAUGCCUUCUCAUCCGUGUCUGCAUGAAUGAGGUGCCUCCUGACCCACGUCGCGGCAGAUAAUUCACUGGCUCACUGUACACGCCCCCUUCAC